AUGAAUACACAAUUCCAUAAAGGUCAAAUCCAGUCAGGUCAUAUAGGAGCAGCAGGAUCCCAGCUAGCUGAUUUAUUCAGCUUGGAGAGUACUGAUGAUCUUCUGUAUGCUGUAUUCGGAAGUAAUAUUUCAUCUGCUCUAUGUAUCUAUAAGAUGAGUGAUAUAGAACAGAGUUUUGAUGAUGCUGCCAAGGGAUGUAGCCAAGAUGGAGAUACUAGAGGAACAAUGAACUCCUACCUUGAAGGUAGUCGAUGUAACAGUGUAAGUCCACUGAAAUGUUUCUCCGUGAUAAUCUUAUUUUCUUUUCCAUUUCUCCGCUCCUUUCCGUUGCAGAUUAACAUAGAACCACCUGAUUCAGUUCUAUGUACAGCUUAUAUAAUAGAGGAUGGUACUGGGUUUCUGUACUACCGUUAUGCCAGUGGAGUAAAUCCCCUCCCUGCAUCACUCGUCAUCCCUCUUGAUGCUGCAUCUCCCACCUCCAUUGUAACAACCAUAGAGAGACAACACACUGUUGCAUUCAUAGGAGAUACACAAGGAAACCUUCAAAAGGUGAAUAUUGUUAACAGCACGUUUGGCUAUGUCUACGAGACAAUCCCUCUUGGACAUGGGUGUUUGCGAGAAGUGUUUCUUGAUGAAUCUACAGAACAGAUAACAUUAGCCACAACUUCAGAUCAAGGCUCACAGGUUCUUAAACUGAAUUUGGCAAACUGUGGCCAAUACAAAACCUGUGAUGAGUGCAUUGGUGGCAAUGGAGGAAACGAUGGAGACCCUUACUGUGGAUGGUGUACUUUACAAAAAAGGUGCACAAGAUAUGAGGCAUGCGAUCUGCCUGAGGAACCAUCACGAUGGUUAUCAUACAAUGCUUUACAGUGUGUUUCCAUCUCUGAUGUUCAGCCAGAUAAUCUUCCUUAUGAUCUAACAGACCAACAGAUUACCAUUACAGUACAACAGCUCCCGGAUCUUAGGGACCCCUUCCAAUAUAACUGUGCCUUUGGUACCUAUGAGGUCACUGCCGCUAUAUCUGGUGAUACUCUCACCUGCACAUCUCCUCCUGCAAAUGAAGUACCUACAAUUCCUGCUGGAUCAUACUUCGUGUCAGUAGAUCUAUCUAUUGUGUCAACUGAAACGAAAGCCAAAUUUGUGACCACAGAUUUCUCCUUUUUUGACUGCAGUCACAUCAGAUCAUGUUCAGCUUGUGUCACGGUUGACUUUCCAUGUGACUGGUGUGUGUAUGACAACAAGUGUACAGAUGAUAGCAGCUCAGAAUGCCAGGCAGGAGAUACAGUGAUCAUUGGAGACAACAAUCCUGUUGGUACUGGAAAUCGAGGACAGGAAUUUUGUCCCCAGCUGCUUGGAACAACUGAAUCCUUUCUGAUCCCAGUCAACAUUCCUUCUGGUUUCUCACUGUUUGCAAAGAAUCUUCCUACAGAUCGGUCUCAGGGCCUACAAAGUUAUGAGUGCAUCCUUGACAUUGAAGGAGUAGAAGCGAGGGUUGCCAGUGCUGAAUUUAAUGAAACCUACAUUCUCUGCAAUGAUAGGGUGUACAUGUACGGUGAAAAUACUCUCCAGAAGAACAUCAGUGUCUCUGUACAGUGGAACGGUCAGAACAUGAUAGACGACCAUUCAGAUACUUAUGUCACCCUUUAUAAGUGUUCAGUUAAUGGUGGGAGUUGCAGUCGUUGCCUAUCCCAAGAAACUACUCCGUCUUUCUUGAACUGUGGUUGGUGCGGUGAUGACUGCAAUGUCAUUCAGAGUGAUGUUUGCCAGAAUAAUGGCUUUCUACAUCAGAAUGAGACGCAGCAAUGUUCAGCGCCAGUUAUAACUGAAUUCAACCCAAUGUCAGGUCCAAUUGGUGGCCGUACCAGGUUAGAAGUCAUCGGAACUGAUCUGGGAGUCGUAUUUGAGGACAUUCUUCAAAUUCAUAUUCAAGACUUGGAAUGUGAUAAGACUGGCAUGGAUGAAUAUUACCAGCCAGGACAGAGUGUAAGUUGCAUGACAAGUAUAUCUACCGAAGUAUUAUCAGGACCCAUUGAAAUCAUUGUGAUGUCUGGUAACAGAGAUAAGACCGGGCGAAGUACUCAAGAUUUUCAGUAUAGGGAUCCUGCGUUAACAGGGUUCGACCCUAUAGAAGGUCCAGUGGCAGGGGGUACAGAAGUCACAAUAAGUGGGGAGAACUUGGACACUGGAAGGGAUAUUACUGCAAGAUUCGGUGAUGCAGAUUGCAAAGUAAUCAAUGUCGAAGGGACUUCUGCAAUCUGUAUGACAAGUGAGAUAUCUGAAGAUAACCAAGUUUCUGUAACGUUAACCAUGGCAUUUGAUGGAGUAGAAAGAGAAUUCAAUGGUUACCAGUUCACCUACAUGCCAAAUCCAAUAAUUGAUGACAUUGAUACCACAGCAACAAUCAUGGCAGGAGGUCUUGAUAUCAUACUAACUGGUGACAGAUUUGAUCUGAUCCAAGAACCGCUGAUAGUAGUUACAUCUCUUGCUACCAAUGCUAGCAAUAACGAGCUGUGCAACGGAACUGCCACCAUUCUAAUAUGUCCCACACCAAGUUUUCCUGAUAAUGAUCCUAGUUCGACCAGAAUGAGAAGAGCACCAGAUUCAAUGACAGCCAGCCUAACCUUUGACUUUGAUGGUUACAUCAUCGAUGGUGGGACAAUAGAAUACUACCCAGAUCCUGUGUAUGAAAGCUUUGAUGGAGACAGCAAUAUUUUCACAAGUAACAACCGCCGACUGAAUAUAAAUGGCAUGAAUUUAGACUUGGCGAGUACUGAAGAUGAUGAAACAGACACCUUAAAAAUCAUGACAAUUCGACAUGGGAACUUGGUAUUUUAUCCUGGCUUUGUUUCGGCAUGGUCUUCAAAUAAUGAUACACCGUGGGCUGCUAUAAUAUCUGUAGUGGUUGUGGGAAUCAUUGUCACCAUCACGCUCAUGGUUAUUGUGCUUAUAUGGUUGAGGAAGAAACAGCGUCAUGCUCAACGAGCGAAGGAGGAGGUUGAAAUGGUUCGUAGUAACAUUCUCAAGAGAAUACAAGAAGUGGGAAACACCAGUUUGGACCUAUCUGAAGCUGACAACAGAGUGCAGAAACAUGGGGUACCUUUCAUAGGACAUGUCCAAUAUGUGACUAUGAUGUUGUUUAAAGGCUUAGGUGUUCAACCAGAAACAACUGACCCAGAGUACAUGGAAGACUUUAUGGAGCACUCUGUAAUAUCCUUCUAUCGUAUGCUUAAGAAGAAGGACAAUUUGAUGGACUUCAUCAGGCAAUUAGAGAAAAAGAAAGAACAUCAUGGCCGUGAAAGGGAAAUCAUCGCCUCUCUUUUGACAAUAUCACUCGUCAGCGAAGGAAUGGCCAUCCAUUUCACAGAUGUUUUGCUGUCACUGGUUGAAGAUGAAAUCAGAAAAGCAUCUGAAUCCAGAAGACUGAUGGAUGCACUCUUCGUCAACACGGAAACAAUAACAGAACGAUUACUCAGCAACUGGUUUGCCUUGGUUAUGUUCUCUUACAUGGAGAAAUACACAUUUUAUCCUCUAUAUAUGCUGUAUCAAGCAAUUAAAACCCAGACUGAGAAAGGCCCGAUAGAUGAGGGAACAGGCGAGGCAUACUAUACGCUAGAGUACAGCAAGUUGUUUGAUCAGAUCAUUAAAUUUCACUCUCUUGGUCUAGAUGUAGUGGAUGAAGACGGCCAUAUCUAUCUUCAUGUUAAUGCCCUGGAUGUUGACACUGUGAAGCAGGUCAAAAGGAAGGUUCUAGAUUCUAUGUGGAGGGAAGGAUACUGUCUGCUUCCCAGAGACGUGGAUGCUGUAGACGUUGUGUGGGUGCAAGGCAAUGGACAGUCAGUACUGCUUCAGGAAACAUCGGAGAGUCAAGGGAAAACCAUUGCCAAUACAAUGACAAGCUAUGGGAUUCGAAAUGGAGAUUGUGUAGCACUGAUACCAAAGCAAUAUGGUCAAGCUGGCAUGGAUGAUGGAUAUAAAACUCUUGAUUUGAAUGAGGUUUCUUCUGACAAAUAUGAAAGUUUACUACCCCCAACAUCUGUGGAUGUUCUCGGUGCACAACUCACUCAAGAGGCUUCAAAUGUCAUUCAUCUGAAGGAUCUUGAAGAACAAGCUAAGAUGAAGGAGAGUGCUAUGCCCUCCCAUAUCCAACAGAAGCGGGAGAACUUGGAUCGAAAUCUUGCAAUUCCUCAUAUGCUGACAAUGAAAGCUGCUAUUAGCCCCUGUGUGGACGGGGUCUUUGAAGUAAUGUUCAAGAAGCCAGACAUCGUACCACUACCAAUCAAACACCUCUUUGACACAUUCGAUGAUCUCGCUGUGAAAUACACUGAAGGGGUCCAUCCUGGAGUCAAGUCGGAAAAGUGGAAGAAAAAUUGUUUGUCCAAUUUCUGGUGUUUAGUGCUGACCAAUCUGCCAUCUUUGUUUGAGAUGCCGAGAUCAGAAACAGCUGAUAGAUGCGUUGACAUUCUUGCUGAUGCUCUGGGUCAUGUGACCAAGACCAUGUCCCUAAAGACACAGGAGGAGCCUGACCAGCUGCCUUACUACAAAGAAUAUCCCUUGUACAGACAAAUGUUGACCAGCUUCUGUAAUGAAAUCGCUAAUCAGCCAAGGACUAGUCCAGGAAAAAUUAAUAAAGCUUGCUCCAACGUCUCAAAGGAAUUCAAAGGACAGUUCAGUAAUCUUUCGAAUAUGAUGCACCUUUACAACUGCACCAAGAGUGAUGUGGAAAACCUUCUCAAGUAGAUCCUUUCGGU